AAUUGAAACGAAAUAAACAACUUUAAAAACCCCGAUUUUCACUAAAAUUGCUCAAAUUUGAGAAAAUAAAUUCAUUCGACUAGCAUGAAAAAAGAAUGCUGGAUCGAUGUUCUGUAUUCGUAAAAAGCAAUUCGAUCUCACUGUGCCAUGUUUGCUGUUAUAGCGCUCGAUUCUUAUCAGAAUCGAACGGCAGUUUUUUUUUCAGCUCGCGGGAGCAAAACAAAAAUUUCGGCAAAUUCGCAACGGAUUUCAUAAACAAAGCAAAAUUGCAACCAUGAGUUUAAUUAUUCGCAAAAUUCAUCGAAUUCGUACUCAAAUUCCAGCCAUUUCUUAUAUUUUCGAUUCCACCAAAAUUCGUUCUUGCUCGUCUAAAGUCAACACUGCGACCAGCCCCCCGAAAGAUGUCCAAAUAAAUUUGAUCAGGCGGCAAAAGCUCGAAAAUGCAACCGAAACAUCACCGACCCCGUCCAGGCCGUUGGGAAAUGCGUUGAUUUCCUACGGUCAACCUCUGCCUGAGACUCACCCACAUCUGUUGCAACCCGGGCAACUGCUACCGGAAGUGAGUGUCCAAGAGUUUCAAGCGCGUCGAAAAGCUUUGCUUCGCUUGGCAAGAAAUGCCAUUACUGGCGACGGAAAGGACAGAAAUUUUAAGGAACACAUGAUCAUUAUUCCUUCGUCCGGGAAAAAAUAUAUGAGUGAUAAGAUUCCUUACGUGUUUCGGCAGAAUUCAGAUUUUCUAUAUCUGAGCGGUUGUUUAGAACCGGACACGGUUCUAACGUUGGAAAUCGACAGCGAUGGCAAUGAACAGUGUACCCUGUUUAUGAGACCUAAAGAUAAGCAUGCGGAGCUGUGGGAUGGCCCCAGGACGGGAAUUGAGUUGGCUCCGGAUGUUUUCGGUGUCGAUCAAGCCGCUAACGUAGCGGAUUUGAAAAAUUACCUUACCCGGUACAGCUUCGCUCAUCCAUCGGCCGUUGUUUGGUUUGACGAAAUGGGGUGCUAUCUUGGGGAUAUCAGAAAGACUGUUGAUGAUACUUUAACUCGAUCUGGAGCAUUACGUUCACCUGUGUCUCUGGUUCAUCAGUUGCGAGUGAUAAAAAGCCCAGCAGAAAUUGAACUAAUGCGUAAAACUUGUCAGAUUGCCUCGGCAGCGAUUAAUCGGACUAUUCAAGAAAGUAAACCGGGACAGACUGAGCAUCAAUUGUUUGCCAAAGUUGAUUUCUUCAGUCGGAUGGGAGGAGCAAACCAUUUGGCUUAUCCACCGGUUGUGGCCGGGGGAAGUAAUGCCACGGUUAUUCACUACAUCAACAACAACCAAGUGGUUCGUGACGGGGAUAUGGUUCUGAUGGACGCUGGUUGCGAAUAUGGAGGAUAUUCCAGCGACAUUACAAGAACAUGGCCAAUUAACGGAACCUAUACGGAGCCGCAGCGAGUUCUUUACGAGGUUUUGGCUCAGGUUCAGCAGGAUCUGAUGGAAGUUUUACUCAAGACUGGAGCGGAAACGUUGGAUCAGUUGUUUGAUGUGAUGUGUCUAAAGAUAGGAAAAUAUUUGCAAGAAGUAGGUCUUAUACCGAAAGGAUUGCAACCUAUGGAUUUGGCACGGGCAGGUUACAGGUUUUGUCCACAUCACGUAUCACAUUAUCUGGGUAUGGACGUCCAUGACACUUCGCUGAUAUCACGUUCGAUUUCCAUGAUACCUGGGAUGGUUUUCACCGUUGAACCGGGAAUCUACAUUAGCCAAAAUAGGCAAGACGUCCCGGUUGAGUUCCGAGGCCUUGGUUUACGAAUCGAGGACGAUGUUCUCAUCAAACCGGACCGAACCAUAGAAAUACUCACCAAAGCUUGCGUCAAGGAUCUGCGUCAAGUUGAAUCGCUCAUCGGUAGUGAAGCGGCUCUCUUCGAUGGUCUGGAUAGGUAAAAUUAGACAUCAUUCGAGACAGGUAUGUAUAGCAAAGGUUUUAUUUUCGGCAUGAGCUUCGAAAUCAGUCUUUUUCCUCCAGCUGAGAUUAAGCAACAAGUCUGGUUUACACGAAGGAGAUGUACAUAUACGAGUUUAUUUGUUAAUCGCAAAAUAUGAAUUACAAAAUUUUAUAACGUGGCUAAAUAGUUUAACGAUUUCCUUAAAAUUACUGACUUAGAGGUUAAGAGUGAGAAAAGUUGCAACUCCAAGCGAAUGGGUCACUUAAGUUCCUUGGGGCAGCUGGCUCCCAGAUAGUGCUGCAAAUCGUUCAACGACGAUCGCACCAACUUGGCCGUAAUGGUCGGUUUGCCCAGGCGUUUAUGCGCCUCGAAUCGAUGACAGCCCCCGAAACUAUAAUAAUAAUCACCUCCUUCGGUUCCCUUGAUCCAGAGCACAUCGAUCGGCGGAACCGGCUCGCCCUCCGCUGGGUUCUGUGGGUAAAUAAGGGUUUGUAAUAAUAAUAAAUGAGGGACAGCUCAAACUUAUUUUA